CGCUGGCAAUUUAUUGAUUUAAUAUGCAAAAUAAAGAUUUCUUUGUUUGUUAUUUUUGAUUCGAAAUAAAUUUAAGAUUAUUUGGGUGCAAGAGAGGCGGUGCAGAAACAUUCAUACUUGCCUGCAUGUACAUACAUAUGUACGCCAGACAGCGAUACAUUUAAAACAACAUCACACACCACUUGUCUACCACAGUCCCUCCUAGACCACGACCUAUGGAAAAUAUAAAUAAAAAUCGCGAGUUGUUAAACAAAGAGAACCAAACAACGCAAUAACAAAACAAGUUCUAGGAGUACUGGCGGUGUUGUAGAGCAUUUUGGCGAUUUCGUUGAACGUCUUGGAAUGGAGCUUAUUGCUAAGUUUGUUUUGCCAGCGAGUAGACGUGUUUUGUUUUUCGCUAAGCCCACGACAGUGGCUGUUAUUUUCUUACUCGUAGGAUUACUAGGUGCUUUCAAUAAUCAUUCAACCGCACAAAUGCUUUCAACCACUGCAACUUCUUGUGUCGAUCGUAGUGUACAUUCAGCCAAUAUCGAUGAAAUUCACAAUGUACCUAUGAAUGUCAUUCACCGGCCAAUACCCCCAGUGCUAGAUGAAAACAAAGUGAAAUCAAUAAUGGAGACCUUAGAGAGUGAAAAAACCUCCGAUAAUGUACCACCGAUAGAUGUCUUGUGGAUCAAGGGGUCGAAGGGAGGAAACUACUUUUAUAGUUUUGGUGGUUGUCAUCGUUUUGAGGCCUAUAAGCGUCUUAACCGUGAUACCAUAAAAGCAAAACUAGUAAAUUCUACUCUGUCCGACUUGUACACCUAUAUGGGAUCGAGUACACCCAAAAACUUGGUGACAAUCAAUAGCCAAAUCAAUCAAUCUAAAUGAGUUUAGCAUGUUAGCUUCGACGCUAAACUCAUAAGUUCAAAUCCCGGCGAGAACAUCGGAUAUUGUUGUUGUUGUAGCGAUCCUCGUCAGCCGCCUAUAAGUGAGCAAGUCUAAACGUUCCGGUCUAAACAACCGAUCGCCACGAGAACUGAUGCACAUUGUUUAUUGAAGGGCGCAAUCUAAGAAACUUCUCCCCAUUCUCCGCCAUUCUGCCUGCCUGCCAGGUCCCUUGCACUCAUUGAUAUGUGAGAAGUUUGCCUCCGAUAACUGAAUGGAAUGGGAUUAUUUUUUUAUCAGAUAACUACUUGUUUUUAUUAUUUGAAAUAUUGUAUAUCUAUCAAUGUAUAGCCAGGGAAAGCGAGUUUUGAUUAAAAAAUUUUAUUGUUUUCGGAACAUAUACCUAAGUUAGCUGAAAAAUUUAACAAAUUGAAUGAACAUCUCCACUACUUGAUCAUAAGUAACACUUUAAAAAAUUGUUCUGUGCAAGGAGAGGUACUACAUAGCUAUAAAGUUCAAAUUGCACUGGAUAUCUAUCAGAUGUCAUAGUUACGCAGUUGUUGGCAUGUCUGUCUAUGGCGCCGAGCGCCUGGGUUCGAUUUCGGGCGAGAACAUGAGACAACAUUAUAUUCUCGCGGUUCUUCGUACCUGAUUGAGCCAAUGGAGUCCUUCGUCGAUAAGGGCUGCCGCCUCAGCGUUCAACACACUUCUCGAACAACAACAUUUGUAAGGUAUUCAGCUCCAAUUCAGCAGUAAAAAUUAAAUCCUCCUGAUUAAACUUAAACUUGCAUCGGAGAGCACUCAUUUAUAUGAGAAAAGUAUUCACACUGCGGCGGCAGCCCUUGCCGAUGGAGGAAUUCAUCGGGUCAAUCCGGUACAUACAACCGACUGUCAUGGGAUUUCCUUAUGAAAUGGUAAGGAAUUUUUGUUUUUUGGUGCAUAGCAGUAGAGAAUACUGGAUAACGUUACCUCUCCAAAUAACAGAGCUGUACCAUGAGCCGUAUGAAUGAGAGCAAUGCUAUUGUCCCAAGCGCCAAUCAAGAUUUUUUUUUAGAAUUAUGGGUGACCGCACAUUAAGUUAGAAGCGUAAAAUGUAUGACUAAUAACUAAAGUAAUACCUUGUAUUGUAUUUACAUAUGUAAAACAAGGAAAGGUAAGGAAAAAAUACCUUACACCGAUACUAAGUUUAAAUUGGGCGAUAUCAUUAUGAUUGCUUUAUCUAAAUCUGAACCAAUUUUGAAGGAUGUUGGCGAAGGUGUUCAAAAAGGUGACGCAUAUAUAAUGGAAGCAAUCAUUUUUGUAAUUGAAUCCAAAUUUUUUCAAUUAGGAUCGUAGUUGAAAUUCUGACAAUUUUCAAUUAAAAAAUUAAUUGAUUCAAUAAUUUUUUUAAUAGUCCUAAAAAUUUUUAUAUAUAAAAUGUAAUUGAAAAUUUAUUAUCUUUUAAUUAAACAAUAACGGCCAAGACCACAAGCUUGUUUCUUUUUGUCACUCAAUUCGUUUUCCAAUUCAUUAAAAACAACUGAUUUUAUAGAGGGAAAACAGCUGAGUGGGCGAACAAAACGAGUGACAAAAAAAUGUUAGUGGUCUAGCAGUAAAUUCGUUGAAUAAUUUUUAUCGGAAUCGGAAACAUUUUAAGACCCAAAAGCAAAGCUACGACUCUCAGUUUAUAUAAAUACUCUUUAAAUAUAGAUGAUAAAACUCCCACACAAACACUCUUUCGACUAAAUUUUUAAAUAUCUGGGCGCAAUUCUAAUCUUACUAAUGAUCAAAAUAUGCAUACUAAAGGAAUAACGGCUUCUUUAGCAUCGUUCUAAUUAUAAUAUAUUCCAAAAAAAGUUACUGCCUCGCUACUCUUUCUUUUAUAAUUCGGAAAA